GAGAGAUAGCGAGCCAGAGAAGAAGAGGGAGAGGGGGGGAUGGAAGGAGCUGUAUGGGGCUGUGAUAUUCUCUCCUCCUGGAUGCUGCCUUUCCUCUUCAUGGCUUUGUCCCUCCUUUGUACGGUCACCCUGUGUCCUCAGGAGCAGGCAGCGGUACACGGACCAGCACUCAGCCACGGAGCCGGGGUUGAAUCAGCCCCAACAAAGAGCCUUUGAGAUGGCAGGGUGUGCUUCUGCCUGGAGGGAGGAACGCAUCAGGCUUUCCCAGGCAAGCGGCAGCCUGCAGUGUGCACUUCCUUGAGAGCCAGCCCUCCACGUCGUUGUGUGUAUGAAAGAGGGAGAGAGAGCGUGUAUGUCCGUGUGUGAGUGUAUGUGUGUGUGAAUGCGAGUGUAGAACAGUGUGUAUGUGCGCACUCUCGCUUCCAAUCCUUCUUGGAGGAGAGAGGCUCUCCUCUUCACUAAACGGAAAGGCACUUUUUGAAGAGGGCAAGCUGUCGACCACGUGGACCUGAGGAUGUUUCGCAAGAAGAAAAAGAAGAGGCCUGAUAUAUCAGCGCCCAAGAACUUUGAGCAUCGUGUCCACACCUCAUUUGACUCCAAGCGUGGCUGCUUUGUUGGCUUGCCAACCCAAUGGCAGAGCCUGAUAGAGAACCUGCGCAGGCCUAAACCCGUGGUGGACCCUUCCAGGAUCACAGAGGUGGAGCUGAGGCCAAAGAAGACCAUUGUGCGGGGUAGCAUGAUCGGUCAUGGAGACUACAUCGCAGCUAUGAUCAAUGACAUGAACCGUCUGUCUGUGACCAGUUCUAACUCUUUGAGGAAGAGCAGCCCAUCAGCCAGAAAGAGGGCCCAGUCACUGGGAAGACUGGGGGAAGUGAAUGAGAGAGAUACUUACCAGUACGAGGACCUGACCCAGGAUGAUGAAGACGAUGAGGAUGCGGGUCAAGACCAGUGGAGGGACAGGGCCAGAAACAUUCACAGUGAGACCAACACCCCCUACUUGGGUAUGAAGAAGACUAUCACUCUGCAGCCUAAUGGAAUCUUGCCAAAGGCCAAGUCCACCUAUGAAGUCAGCGUUAGCUCCCUGGAGGGACCCUUGCACCAGGUUCAGUCCCAGAAUAUUCCGGUACUAAGUCACGGGGCUUAUAUGAGCGGUGAGGUGGGCAGCCCUCAGGAAAGACUGAUAUGGAAGAGAGAUUUUCAGCUGCCCAGGGGAAUGCCACCAAAUCAGAGACCUAUAGCUUGUUUUUACAGCCCAGCUAUGGCUUUACAGCAGCCCCAUGGUGAAGCGACAGUCGCAACGGAGCUGCGGCCCAACGCACCAAUGUACAUGCCCCCCCAGAACAGCCCUGGGAGGCCGUUUUCCUCCUAUGACCUGAAUGCAGAGUCGACAGUGAGGUACCACUCCGGCUUCCUGCCCACUGGCAACAGCAGUCCUCUUGUGGGCGGAAUCAGACCCCAGCGAACUGUACGCUCCUCAGCUAGCUACACACUGGGCCUGUCUCCUAACAUGGGGCUGAGGCCCAAUGGGCCUGACCCCUUUCUGAGGCACUCUGGAUGCCCCAAUCCUGCCUACCCCCGGCAAGACAGCCCUUCCCAGCCUCGACCCUCCCCUACAGGCUCACUAGCCACCAGUCCUCCAGGCACCUGCUCCCCUGCUUUCAGGCCCCCACAACAUCCUUCACCCAGACCACCACCAGACCCACCCAAGGUGACCCAUGAACAGUUUAAGGCGGCCCUGCAGAUGGUGGUAGACAAGGGCGAUCCGCGGUCUUACCUGGAGAACUUUGUUAAGAUUGGGGAGGGCUCGACAGGGGUGGUGUGCAUUGCUACCGAGAAGCAUAGCGGCAGGCAGGUGGCGGUGAAGAUGAUGGACUUGCGGCGGCAGCAGAGGAGGGAGUUACUAUUUAAUGAGGUGGUCAUCAUGAGGGACUAUCAGCACAGAAAUGUGGUGGAGAUGUUUAAGUCAGCCCUGGUGGAGGAGGAGCUGUGGGUUAUCAUGGAAUACCUGCAGGGUGGAGCACUGACCAACAUUGUGUCUGAAACCAGGCUGAGCGAAGAGCAGAUUGCCACAGUGUGUGAAGCUGUUCUGCAAGCCUUGGCCUAUCUCCAUUCGCAGGGAGUCAUCCACAGAGACAUCAAGAGUGACUCUAUACUACUCACAUUAGACGGAAGGGUAAAGCUUUCAGACUUCGGUUUCUGUGCUCAGAUCAGCAAGGACAUCCCUAAGAGAAAAUCUUUAGUGGGGACACCCUAUUGGAUGGCUCCUGAGGUCAUCUCCAAAUCACCAUAUGGCACUGAGGUGGACGUUUGGUCAAUGGGUAUCAUGGUGGUGGAGAUGGUGGAUGGAGAGCCCCCGUACUUCAGCGAAACCCCUGUAGCAGCUAUGAAGAGACUGAGGGAUGAGCUGGCUCCUACUGUGCGAAAUGUCAGCCAGAUCUCCCCAGUUCUAAAAGACUUCCUGGACCGUAUGCUUACUCGGGACCCCCUAGAGCGGGCCAGCGCCACUGACUUGCUGGAGCACCCCUUCCUGCUGCAGAGCGGCUCACCUCAGUGCCUGGUCCCUCUGGUAGAGCAGUACCGCAAGCGCAUGUCUCGUUGUUGACCCUGUGGGGCUCCCACUCCCCAACACCCGUUUUCAGUCUGACCUGUCCAGGCGAGGACCAGCACCGGGGCCCAACUGCUCUAGCACCUAAGCCAACAGGAGAUCAGCUCCAGAGAAGCAGACCCAGAGAGGAUGUUGCUGCCAGAGUGAUGGUGGCAGGACGGAAAGUUUGGCUCACAGACACCGCAUGGUCUCAGGCAUGAGAAAAGCACUUUAGGAGUGAGUUAAAGGCAGCAUGCAAUUCUUCACCUCUUGACUCGGCUCAAUCUGAAUAUUGAUUGGCUUCCUGUAACAUUCAAUGGGAUUUAAGACAACACAACAUGGUGCAUAUCAACUGAUAG